AUGGAGUCUACGGCGGCGAAGUUGGUGAUGGAGAACCUGGGCGAGCUUGUUUCCAGUGACGUCGCCGGCAUCCUCAACGUGGACGCAGAGGUCAAGUCGCUGACGGAAACACUGGCACUGAUUCAAUCCUUUCUCAGGGAUGCUGACCAGAAACCCAGAUACGCGCAAAGCUACUCUUUGCAGGAGUGGAUGAGGCAGAUCCGGAACUUGGCGUUCGAGAUGGAAGACCUGGUGGACGAAUACGCUGUGCAGCUAGGCCGCGCGUCAGCCUCCGACGGCCGGAUGAGCAGUCUCCAACGCCUCGGCGCCUUCCCCUCCCGGAUCCUCACUCGCCGUCUGCUCACGAGCCGCCUGCAGGACAUCCGCGCCAGAUUUCAAUAUGUCUGCAAACAAGCGUCGCAACUUGGUUUUCAGAGAACGCCGGCAGUUACCACCCCUGGAGCGAAGUUCCUCAGGGUCUACUUGGAUUUGCAGAAACUACUCAUUGAACACUUACCAAAGGAAAUUGGGGACUUGAUCCUGUUAAGGUAUCUAAAUUUGGAACGAUCAAAAUUGAAGGAGCUGCCUUCAUCUAUUGGGAACCUCAUCUACUUGCAGACUUUCAAUAUACAAGGUACUAAGAUUCAACAUUUGCCGGAUGGAUUUUGGAAAAUCCGAACACUGAGACAUGUAUUCCUCACUGAAGAGAAUACGAGCAUGCCUAAAGGCCUGCAAGGAUUCACAUAG